AUGUCGAAGUUUUUUGUUUUUCUCGCCUGUUUGGUAGCUUUGGCUGCCACGGCUCACGUUCAACAUGGCACCGAAAAAAAAAUCGAAGAAGAAGAUUUUGAAACGUUUUUUUUUUUUUUUUUUUUUUUUAUAAUAGCCGACAAGGACUUUUUGUCAAAGCAAAAAGCCGUACUUCAAUUAUUGGUACACAUUCAUCAACCCGCAGUCGUACCUGAAAUAAAAGAAGUAGCAACAACGUUUAACUGGGAACAAAACGUUAACAAUUUCAACGAUGUUAAAACCGUUGAAAAUUUAAUCAAUUUGCUCAAGACGGGAGGAAUUUUGGGACGUAAAAAUAAUUUUAGUCCAUUGUACAAAACUCAUCUCCGUCAAGCAAAAUCCGUUUUCGAAGUUCUUUACAACGCAAAAGAUUGGAAAACGUUUUUCAACGUGGCUUCUUACUUGAGAGAACGCGUCAACUAUGGCCUCUUUGUCUACGCGUUUUCCGCUGCCGUUCUCCAUCGUCCCGACACUCAAGGAGUCGUUCUUCCACCUCUCUACGAAGUUUGCCCACAUUUUUACGUCAACGAAAAAACAAUUCAAAAAGCUUACGAAGCUAGAAUGAAAAUUUCGUCGAUGGGUACCGGAAAAGAAUCCGUCGUCAUACCAUCAAACUACACCGGAUGGAUCAACCUUCAAAACCCCGAACUUCGUACCUCUUACUUCACCGAAGAUGUCGGAUUGAACUUUUACCAUUUCGUUCAUCACCUCACUUACCCCCAAUGGCUCAAACAAGAAUACUACGGUAUCAAAAACGAACGUCAAGGUGAACUUUUCUACUUCACUCAUCAACAACUCCUUGCUCGCUACAGAUUAGAACGUCACGCUAAUUUCAUGUACCCGAUGAAAAACUUCAGCUUUGGAGAACCGAACGUUGUGGCCUACGCUCCUAAAUUGCGUUACUUCAACGGUGAAGCCGUACCCUCUCGUCCUGAAAACAUUAAAAUUCGCGACUACGAUUUGGCCGAAGUCGAACGCGUGAAAGAUUACGAACGUAGACUUCGUGACGCUGUCGACCAAGGCUACGUGAAAACGGUCAAAGGAGAAAAAAUACCAUUGACAACCGAAACCGGAAUCGACGUUCUCGGUCGUCUCGUUCAAAAAGGAAUCACUUCCGUCAAUCCUAAAUACUACGGAGCUUUGUACCAACUCACUCUUAACCUUUUGGGACACGUCGUCGAUCCUUACCAUCAAAAUAACGUUGCCCCAUCCGUUCUUCAACACUACGAAACCAUGCUUCGCGAUCCCAUGUACUACAGACUUUACCAACACGUCAACAGAAUUUUCGAAUCUUACAAAAAAACUCUUCCCGUUUACACGAAGGAAACUUUACAAUUCCCCGGCGUGACCGUUGAAAAAGUCGAAGUCGACAAAUUGAUGACGUAUUUUGAAAACUUUGAUGUCGACGUGACCAACGCCGUAGUCGUCGGAAAGGUCGAAGACGACAAAUUAUUGAAAAUCGUCGUACGUCAACCACGUUUGAACCACAAAGAUUUCACUUACCGCGUGACGGUAAACAGCAACCAAGACACGACUGCUUUGGUUCACGUUUUCCUCGCACCCAAAUACGACGUGACAGGUACCAGAGAACUCAGUCUCGCCGAGAAAAAACAAUUCAUGGUACAAAUCGACAGAUUUUUAUACGACCUCAAGAACGGUAAAACCGUCAUCGAACGUAAUUCCAAAGAUUCAACCGUUUCCGUUCCCGAUUUUACCAGUUUCCGUGUUUUGUCGAAGAAAGUCGAAGAUGCUCUUCAAGGAAAAUCGCAAUUUUACGUCAACGACAAAGGACAAGAAUACGGUUUCCCACGUAGACUCCUUCUUCCCAAGGGAACCAAGAGCGGUACUCCUUACACAUUACACGUUGUCGUAACUCCAUACAAACCAACCGGAACCAAAGAAGUCGUCAGAGGAGUCAAAACUUACGUGACAUGCGGAGGAAACGUCGUUUGUGGUGAUGCCCACCCAUUGGGUUACCCAUUCGAUCGUGAAAUCGUCGAAAGAGAAUUUAACGUUCCAAACAUUCACGUUGCUGACGUCACCAUUUAUCAUAAAAAAUUAGAAGAUUACUCAACUGAUGUUUAA